AACCCGGAUCUGAUCUCAUCGCUCUUCUCUUCUUCACUUCUCUCUCUUUCCUAAAAUUCCAACAUUCAAACUCACUCUUCACUCUUUAGAUCAAAUGCUUCAAAACAAAGAUUACUCAGCCUUAGGCUUAGGCUCUUUUGCUUUAUUAUUUAACAAAUAUCCCUCUACUUCUAAUUUUGUUCUCAUUAUUAUUUUGUAACUAGUUAGUGAGAGAAGUGAAAAGGCAAAAAAAAACUAAAACAGUUACACAGUUACGCACUGCACUUAACUUCUUUGGUUAGUUAAAUUUGUCAAUGUCAUUUGGCAUUAAUGGCGGCGAGUUCUAGAGGCUUCUCAACAACACAGUUUGAUUUCGAGCUAAGAGUAAGGAAACUCAAUGUUGCUCUGCUUUCUAACAAUCACGUACUCGAGUUUUCCCGGAGAAAGCGUAGAAAGUUGUGCUUCGAUACUCGACUCGGUAACGGUCAACUGCGUUGCUGUUGUUCCGACUCAGUAACUCCGAUUCGCAGAACGAGUGGGCCUGGUAACGGUGGUGAUAAGAACGAGGAAUGGUGGUUCGAUCCGAAGAAAAACCCUCACAUUCACAGAGUCAGGGUUCAAGCCUCCCCUGCUGCAAUGCCUUUCGCUUCUCCACCAUCCUUUCGGAAGCAGGACAAAUUCUUUCCUCGUUGCACCCCAAGAAAUUCUGGUCCACAGUCACGUGAUACUCCACCGAAAAGAGACACUGGCAUAGCAAAUGAGAAGGACUGGGGUAUCAGCUUAUUAAAUGAAAAUGUUAAUGAGUCCGGCACUAAUGAAGAUGGGAGUACCUGGUACAGAGAAAGUGGGGAAGAACUGGGUGAAAAUGGAUAUAGAUGUAGAUGGACAAGAAUGGGUGGUCAAUCCCAUGAUGGUUCCUCAGAAUGGAAAGAAACGUGGUGGGAGAAGAGUGACUGGACUGGAUAUAAGGAGCUAGGUGUGGAGAAAUCUGGUAGAAAUUCUGAGGGGGAUUCAUGGUGGGAAACGUGGCAGGAAAAUCUUCAUCAAGAUGAAUGGAGUAACAUAGCAAGAAUAGAAAGGAGUGCACAAAAACAAGCAAAAUCAGGAACUGAAAAUGCUGGAUGGUAUGAGAAAUGGUGGGAAAAAUACGAUGCUAAAGGCUGGACUGAGAAAGGGGCCCAUAAGUAUGGUAGACUGAAUGAACAAUCAUGGUGGGAAAAGUGGGGAGAGCAUUAUGAUGGAAGAGGAUCUGUUCUCAAAUGGACAGAUAAAUGGGCUGAAACUGAGCUUGGAACAAAAUGGGGAGACAAGUGGGAGGAGAGGUUCUUUAAAGGCAUAGGUUCGCGUCAUGGGGAAACAUGGCAUGUAUCUCCAAGCAGUGAACGUUGGUCAAGAACUUGGGGAGAAGAGCACUUUGGAAACGGGAAAGUCCAUAAGUACGGAAAUAGCACAACCGGUGAAAGCUGGGACAUAGUUGUAGAUGAGGAAACUUAUUAUGAGGCUGAACCUCAUUAUGGAUGGGCUGAUGUCGUGGGUGAUUCAAGCCAAUUACUUUCAAUUGAGCCUCGGGAGAGGCCACCCGGUGUCUUCCCCAAUUUAGACUUCGGUUCACCUCCGUCACCCGAAGCUGAUGAUUCCCCGGAUGAUUUGCCGCCAUCACAAUGAAGAGCAUAUUUGCAAGCCCCAUUGUUUAUUUUGUUUAAUUUUAUUAGAGAGAUCUCAUCAUAACGAGCGAAACUCCAUUUGUAAAAGGUGCAUUGUGGAUCAAUCAUUUUAUU